AUGUCUGCACCACACCUGCCCCCCUUUGCACCCGCACCCUCCAACCCAAGGAAGCCAAUACUGGUCACCAUGAUGAAGUGGACCGAUUUCCCGGACAAGAAGAAGAAAGCCGAACCACAGGCAGCCCAAGGCCUGCCAUAUGCGCAAGUCGUCAAGGGCCUACUCACCUCGUGGAUCACGAUCCUUUUCGGCACCACUGCUAAUCUGACUAUCGCUAGCGAAUUUCCGUCCCUCUCGAACAACCCGCAGGCAUCAAGCGGUAAUCCUUCCUCGAUGUGGUCCGGUUCUGGCGCGCGUAACGUUGGAGGCCCCCCAGUGCAGCGAAAUCAGACGACGCCCCUUUCUGCUCAGCAGAGCCAGCACGACGACAUGUUUUCUUCCAACUCGCGACUUUCUUCGGCGCAAGGCUCAUUCCGGUUUGGCAACCAGAACAGUGCUGCCCGAUCAUCCCAGCCUCAGCAGAGCGCAGCUGACGAAUUCCCACCCCUGAACCGGAACGUGAAUGGCGAUAUCGGCCAGGAGCGUGGAUCGAACCUCAUGUCAGGUCUUGGAUUUGGAUCUCAGGCUGCCUCCUCUGCUGUUGCCUCCCAGAGCAGCGGAGGAAAUGGCUUGCUGAACGCCCUAUCGGCCAACGCCCGUGCCAGCGAGGCGCGAUCUCCAGUUGGAACACGGCCUCAAGACGGCAGAAACUCUGUGGUUGAGGAUGACGCGCGGCAAAAGCAGACACCCUUCCGAGAGGAGAGCAUGACCGCGCAGUCGCCUCUGCCCGCUGGUGUCCCGGAGAGCCAAGGCGCGUUGGGAGCCAUUGGAAAUGAAGGUUCCUCGGCAAAGGCCGCGGAUGAGAACGAGACCCAGGUCCAGAAUCCUCUGGAGGGCAUGUCUGAUAUCGACAAAUGGGGUUUGAAGGGUCUGCGCACCCUCAUGGACAAGUACCCAGACUACAAUGCUCUGAUGACGGGCAUGGACCCAAACACCUUGGGACUGGAUUUGGGCACGAACGAGUUGAUCAGCGCACAGAUCUACUCUCCCUUCGACGACGUUCCGCCACGCCCAGCCAUCCCCAAGUUCAGGCUGCCCGAGUGUUACAAGGUCACCAACGUCGGCCCCAUCGAGAACAAGAUCCCUAGUUUCAACGAGGAGACCCUGAUGUGGAUUUUCUACUCGUGCCCGAACGACAUCAAGCAGCAGCUUGCUGCGAUGGAACUGAACAACCGAAACUGGAGAUGGCACAAGAAGCUCCAGAUCUGGCUGACGAAGGACGACAUGAUGGUGCCUCAGGUCUUGAGCCAUGCGCAUGAGCGAGGCUACUACAUCAUCUGGGACAUCGGCAACUGGCGCAAGGAGAGGCGCGAGUUCACGCUGCACUAUGCCGACCUCGACACCAAUCCUGUCGCCAUCGGCAGCGCAGCUUAG